ACAGACGGACACACCGGGGCUGCAGCCACCCAGGGACACCUGCGGGGUGAGCACCAGCUGCGGAGCAUCCUGUCCCCUCCGUGCCAGCCAUGUCCCUGGCGGUGAAGGAGAAGAACCACGUCCGCUUGGUUUUCCUGGGAGCUGCCGGCGUGGGCAAGACCUCGCUGAUCCGCCGCUUCCUGCUGGACACCUUCGAGCCCAAGCACCGGCGCACGGUGGAGGAGCUGCACAGCAAGGAGUACGAGGUGUGCGGGGCCACGGUCACCGUGGAGAUCCUGGACACCAGCGGCAGCUACUCCUUCCCGGCCAUGAGGAAGCUCUCCAUCCAGAACAGCGACGCCUUCGCCCUGGUCUACGCCGUGGAUGACGCCGAGUCCUUCGAGAGCGUCAAGAGCCUGCGGGAGGAGAUCCUGGAGGUGAAGGAGGACAAGUUCCCUCCCAUCGUGGUGGUCGGCAACAAGGCGGAGAGCGGCGGCGAGCGGCGGGUGCCGGUGGAGGACGCGCUGUCGCUGGUGGAGCUGGACUGGAACAGCCGCUUCGUGGAGACGUCGGCCAAGGACAACGAGAACGUCCUGGAGGUGUUCAGGGAGCUGCUGCAGCAGGCCAACCUGCCCAGCAGGCUCAGCCCCGCGCUCUGCAAGAGGAGGGAGACGCUGCCCAAGGAGCAGGCGCUCAGGCCGCCCAUGAACAAGACCAACAGCUGCUCCGUGUGCUGA